AGCAUGGAAAGCUAUGUGCGGUAGUGGUGGGAAUCCAAAAACACUCCUUAUUCCUUCAAAUAAAACAUUUUUACUACAACCUCUUCUGUUUCAAGGGCCUUGUAAAUCUCCUUCAGUACAAGUUAAGUUUGAUGGAAUGAUUGUUGCACCGAGAGAUAAGACAGCAUGGUCGGACUAUAAGUCGUCACAAUGGAUUAGUUUUAAGAAAAUAUUUGGUUUAACAGUCAAUGGUUCGGGGUCAAUUGAUGGACGUGGUUCGUCAUUUUGGAAGCAAUUGUAUUUUAAAAAGUGCAAUGAUCUCAAUAUAAUUGGAAUAACUUCAUUCAACAGUCCAAGAAACCAUAUAGCAAUUAUCAAAUGCAAAAGAGUUAAAAUAACGAAAAUAAAACUUGUAGCACCGAAAGACAGUCCUAACACUGAUGGAAUUGAUAUCUCUCAAUCAAGUGAUGUCGAUAUUUACGAUACAGUAAUUGGAACUGGAGAUGAUUGUGUAGCUAUAAACAACGGAAGUGUGAAUAUCAACAUUACAAGGAUGAAUUGUGGACCGGGCCAUGGAAUAAGUGUGGGAAGUCUAGGGAGAAAUGGAGAAGAAUCUAUGGUUGAGAAUAUCCAAGUGACUAAUAGCACGUUCGUUAGGACGGAAAAUGGAGCUAGAAUUAAGACAUGGCCGAAUGGAAAAGGGUACGCAAAAAAUAUACUUUUUAAGGGUCUCACAUUGAAAGAUACCAAAAAUCCGAUAAUAAUCGACCAAAACUAUGUCGAUAAUGGUCGCCUAGAUGUGGAGGAAUCAGCUGUGGCAAUUAGUAACGUAACAUUCACAGAUAUUCGUGGAACUUCACAAUUCGAUGAAAUUAUAAAGAUUGAUUGCAGUAAAGUCACAUAUUGCAAAGACAUUGUUCUUACUAAGAUCAAUAUUGCUACGGUCGAUGGAAAUAAACCAAUUGUUAAAUGCAAGAAUGUGUAUGGAAAGACUAUCAAUGGUGACGAGGUCAAUGGUUGUUUCGAAAGAUAGUAUCCAUUUUCAUAAAAAAUAUGUCAAAUAAAUUGUUAUAUUAU